AUGCCGCAAAAAGCGCCAGUCUCAGCACCUGCCUCCCAUCCUCCUCUGGGCACCUUGAUCGACGGCAAUGCCUUACAAUUGGUUGAAGUUCUUGGUGUCGGUGGUUAUGGCGUCGUUUAUCGAGCAGUCGAAACAUUUCCGUCGAGGGGACGCUCAUUCGCAGUCAAAUGCCUGGCCAGUACCCAUAGUCAUUCAGUACUACGGCGGCAGGUCCAUAUUCGAGAAAUUACCCUCCACCGGAUCGCAUCAGUUCAUCCAGGGGUAGUCACCCUUCAUCGUAUUGUUGAGGACCACGACCAUAUGUUCAUAAUUAUGGAGUACGCCCCCGACGACGACCUCUUCACCCAGAUUCUACACAAGUCCAGAUAUUUGGGUAAUAACGCCCUGAUCAAGCAUGUGUUCCUGCAGUUGAUUGACGGCGUGCAGCACUGCCAUUCGUUGGGUAUUUUCCAUCGGGAUUUGAAGCCCGAGAAUAUCCUCUGCUUCGACGGAGGUUAUCGAGUCGCAAUUACCGACUUUGGCCUUGCCACCACCGAUAAAAUGAGCAAGGAGUUCCGCACGGGUAGCGUGUAUCAUAUGAGCCCAGCAGAAUGCCAAGCGGGCGACCCAGAGACGUCUCCUGCGUACUCGCCCAUGCACAACGACAUCUGGUCAUUGGGUAUCAUCCUCCUCAAUCUUGUGACAGGAAGAAAUCCAUGGAGGUCUGCGAUGGCAGACGAUCCCACAUAUCAAGCGUAUCGCCAAGAUCCGCUUCAGUUCCUCAUGAGCGUAUUGCCCAUUUCCGAGGAGCUCAACGACAUUCUCGUUCAAACGUUGGAUGUUGAUUGGAGAGGCCGCCUGUCCCUUUCGGAGCUUCGCCAGAGUAUUCAAAACGUCACAUCUUUUUAUUCAGACAAAGUCAUAUUUGAAGGAAGCCUCGCUCGGUGCCCAUGGGAAGCUGGUAUGGACCUUGGAAAUGUUGAGCCUCAAGAUGCUGGCCACGAAAAGAGACCGGUGCCCAAAAUUCCAGAGGGCGUCGAACCGUACUGCGUACUUUCCGUGUCUGCAGUUGCCUCGACAUUCAAAAGUCAGGCGUCCACAACUGAAGGCUACUUCGAGAGAGACCCUUGGAAGGGAGAGCAGAAUGUGUACGAUGCACGCCAUUAUGGAAUGGACGUUUAUGACAACGAGCUUCAGGUCCCAUACGGAAGUUCUGGCAGAUCCUCGUACUCUUCGGAUCCUUCAGAACCCAGUACUCCCAGCAGCGUCGAUCAGUUCAGUUACCGUGGUGUCAGAAACAAUUUCGACAUGGAAACCGCAUACGACUACGACUCGGAGAAUCUGUAUGCAAAACCCACUGCAUACCCCUCGUUCACUGGCUCCUCAGCUACUGAAACCCCCGAAACCAACCGUUAUGCAUCUUCAGUCUUCGUGGAUACACCCAUCAUGGAGUCAAAACCAUUCCUCCAAUACCAGGAUGCGCCCUACAUGGACGCCUACAGAACUGCGAAAAGAUAUUCCUCCCCCAACACAUCCAUCUAUUCCGUCACCGAGGAUUCAAUAUAUGGCGAUGAUUAUAGCGAUUCGUCGGUGGAUGACUUCCCUCCCAAUUCUCCGAAUUUUGUUGUCUGGCCUGAACCAGCAGGGCAACGAAAUGGAUCUCGACCAAUGAGCAUUCAAAACAGUCGAAACCGUAAAAGCCGGACAAAAUCGCAAAACGUCUUCAACCCUAUGCGUUUCUUUCCCCGCUCAUCUGGGUCAUCCUGGUUGAGCCCAAAAUCGUCGCCUUUGGCCAGUCGUCCGAUAACUUCGUCUGCCGGUACUCUCAGGCAUAACGCCACGCCAUCGAAUGUGCCAGCCAUGCCGUGGACAGACUAUCACCACCCUCGUUCAGGGCAUAAAAAAGGGGGCAAUUCUCACCGUUAUCCUGCCGGGGGAUACGGGACGCAAAGACGUUCUAGCCGCGAUUGGAUACCAGGAGGAUUUUUCAACACAGGUGAUAAUUGA